AUGUCGCCCGCCAUCACGAACCAACGUGAAAAGACCCCCCUCACUGGCGGCUUGCUCAGCCGUCAUUUCCCAAGUUACCUUUCAGGUACUUCCGACGUUGGUCAGGGCAGUCUUCGGGCCGUCCAGUACAACGACGACGACAUCCACGGGGUCAUCCUGACCGACAGACGCCAUGUCGGCGCCAAGGCCAAGCCCAACGACCACCAUGUCGGCGCCGCCACUCUGACCAACCACCACCAUGUCGUCACCGUCACCCCGUCCAACGACCACCAUGUCGCCGCCGCCACCCUGCUCAGCCACCACCAUGUCUGCGCCGCCACCCAUCCCAACUUCCACCACGCAAUCGUCGCCACGUUGCCCAACGCCCACAAAAUCGGCGCCAGCGCCGAGCCCAACGAUUACCAUGUCGCCACCGCCACCAUGCCCAACGACCACCAUUUCGGCGCCGCCACUAUGCCCAACCACCACCAUGUCGCCGCCGUCACUGUGCCCAACGACCACCAUGUCCGUAGAGCGACCCAUCCCAACGACCAACAUGUCUUCACGAACGCCCAGCCCCACGACCACGAUGUCGUUGUUGCUACCUGA